AUGAAAAAAAUGUCUUAUGAAGAUAAAACUCUUUUAAGACGUACCGUCGAUUAUGAUGCUGAUAUUAUAGAAAGCGUACCUGCCAAUUCUGGUGUAAAGGAAAGAUGCGUCUGGAUGAACGUUAGUGGGUUCGAUUUAUUUAGACAAGUGGGGGUCGACGUAAUGCAUGACGUUUUAGAAGGAGUAGGAAAGUAUAUUGUCGGUCUUGUGCUUACAAAGUACAUAAAGCGAUUUAAGUAUUUUUCUUUGGAAUUACUUAACAGUAGGCUCAACAAUUUCGAAUAUGGCCCCGACAGACGCAAUAAGCCCGUUCAGUUCUCUAUGGUUCACAUUAACAAAGGUAACAUUCGUCUCAGCGCGUCAGAAAUGUUAACUUUUAUAAGAUAUUUUGGAGUUAUUGUAGGGGAUAAAGUUCCUGAAGGUGACAGUUAUUGGCACCUUUACUUAAAACUAAGAGAAAUCUUAGAAUUAGCAAUGGCUUCUUCGGUUUGGCAGGGUCUUGAAGUCUUGAAGCGAAGAUUUAAAACCCAAAUGAUGAUGGGCAAAAGUGGUCCAAGAGCCUCCAUCGAUAAGAAUAAUACCAAUCGAUAG